AUGGUCCUCCUCUCGGCAAUCGAUCAGGGAACCUCGUCCAGCCGAUUCCUGGUUUUUGAAGCGGAUACCGGAGAAUUGGUGACCAGCCAUCAGAUCGAAGUCCGUCAACUAUUUCCGGCGGCAGGAUGGGUGGAAAUGGACCCAAUGGAAAUUUACGAUACCGUAAUCUCGUGUAUUCAAAAAACUAUCGAGAAAUUGGAAAACCUGGGAAUCACCGCCGAUGAGAUCAAGUCGGUGGGCGUGGCCAAUCAGAGAGAAACCAGCAUUGUUUGGGACAAAACCACUGGUAAACCACUGUACAAUGCGAUCGUUUGGUUGGAUACCAGAACUUCUGGAUUGGCGGAUGAGGCGAUUUCCAGGACCCAGUCAAAGUCCAAAGACGAGUUCCGUCAAAAAACCGGUCUCCCAAUCCAUCCAUAUUUCUCCGCGUUAAAACUCAGAUGGCUCUUCGAAAACGUUCCAGAAGUCAAGGAAGCCUAUAAAUCUGGAAAUCUCAUGUUCGGAACUGUCGACACCUGGCUCAUCUGGAAAUUAACCGGCGCUUACGUCACCGACGUUUCGAACGCCUCCAGGACCCUUCUUCUAGAUCUACACAAGAGAAAGUGGUCCACCGAACUUUGCGAGUUCUUUGAUCUACCGAUGGAGAUUCUCCCCGAGAUCAAGUCCUCUGCCGAGGUUUAUGGAUACCUUAAAAAUGGUCCUUUAGAAGGAGUACCCCUCUCCGGAUGUCUAGGAGAUCAGCAAAGUGCAAUGGUUGGACAUCAGUGUCUAAACGCUGGCCAAUCCAAGAACACCUAUGGUACAGGCACUUUUAUGUUGUGCAAUAUUGGAACAAGACCGAUUAUUUCGAAGAACGGAUUGCUGACUACUGUAGGCUUCCAGUUUGGAGCCGAUUCUCCUGUGGUAUAUGCGUUAGAAGGUUCUGGAUCCAUUGGAGGCAACGUGGUUAGAUUCUUGAGAGACAACUUCAAAUUUAUACAAGAUGCAAAGGAGAUGGAGGGGCUUUGUAGGAAGAUUCAAGACACUUCUGGUGUCUACUUCGUCCCAUCCUUCACUGGACUCUAUACCCCGUACUGGGACUCAACGGCAAGAGGGACUAUCCUUGGCCUUACUCAGGUCUCUCAAAGAGAGCACAUCUGUUUGGCAGCUCUUCGCGCUGUGGCAUUCCAAAGUGCUGAAAUGGUGGCUGCUGUUGAGCAGGAUCUGGAUAAUGGGACAAAAGUGACGACGCUUAAAGUGGAUGGUGGAAUGAUUGCCAACAAAUUGUUCAAUGAGAUUCAGGCGGACAUUAUGGGUGUGGAUAUUGUGACACCGAAGAUUACGGAGAUUUCGGGAUGGGGAGCGGCGGUGGCUGGUGGUAUUGGCGCACAGCAGAUUAGUUUGGACGAGUUCUUAGAGCAGAGUAGUGAGGACAAUCGCUAUACCCCACAAAAGGAUGAGCAAUGGCGAUCGAAAGAAAUGGCUCGUUGGAAAGAGGCCGUUAAGAGAUCCUGCGGAUGGGCGACAUAA